AUGAGCGUAAACCAAGAAGUAAGAAUACAUGAUGUUUGGAAUUCGAACGUCGAGGAAGAGUUUGCAAAAAUGAGGACUCUCAUUGACGACUAUCCUUUUGUUGCGAUGGAUACCGAGUUCCCAGGAGUUGUCGCUACUCCUUUGGGCACUUUCAAGAGCAAGGAGGAUUUCAAUUACCAGCAAGUUGGAUUCGCGUUGGUCGAUGAAAAAGGAGAUCUCCCACCAACAGGAGACGUGUGGCAGUUUAAUUUCCACUUUUCGCUUUCGGACGAUAUGUAUUCACAGGAGAGUGUUGAAAUGCUCAGAGCGGCUGGAAUCGAUUUUACUCGUUUGCAGAAUGAGGGGAUUUCUAUGGAUAUUUUUGGCGAGUUGCUGACAACGUCAGGCUUGAUUGUGGACGAUCGGAUAACAUGGCUGACCUUUUCGUCUGGGUACGACUUUGGGUAUCUCUUGAAGUCAAUAACCCUUGGUGAACUUCCGAAAGAGGAAUCACAGUUCUUUCAAUUCCACCGAGCACUGUUUCCCCGCUGUUAUGACAUUAAACUCAUGCUACGGAUGCCUGGGUCAUUCAAUACCAAACUCAAAGGAGGUCUACAAGAGGUUGGAUUCGCGUUGGUCGAUGAAAAAGGAGAUCUCCCACCAACAGGAGACGUGUGGCAGUUUAAUUUCCACUUUUCGCUUUCGGACGAUAUGUAUUCACAGGAGAGUGUUGAAAUGCUCAGAGCGGCUGGAAUCGAUUUUACUCGUUUGCAGAAUGAGGGGAUUUCUAUGGAUAUUUUUGGCGAGUUGCUGACAACGUCAGGCUUGAUUGUGGACGAUCGGAUAACAUGGCUGACCUUUUCGUCUGGGUACGACUUUGGGUAUCUCUUGAAGUCAAUAACCCUUGGUGAACUUCCGAAAGAGGUAUCACGAUUGGUCCAGGGCCAUCUAUUCGGACUAGGUUCUUCAUUAUCGCUCUCUCAAUCAGCUCACAAAUUAGAUGAAUUGGAUAAGGAAAAGGAAGUCGUAGCAGUCAAUUGA